UCCACUACCAGACCUGCUCCGGCGGGUGACAGAACCGAGUCUGUGCGAGGACGUACUUUGGUACCGAGUUWCAGGAGGACGUCUCCAGGCUAAAGAGGAAAAAAUGGACACAGAAGGCAGAAGAAGAACAGCAACUUAAAAUAUGCUUUACAAAAUUAGAGAAAGCCCGAACAGUUUUAGUCACUUGCAGCUGAAUAUGUGGGUCAGCUGCGGCGAACUUCGGACUCAGUAACUUUGUUUUGGUCACUUCAGCUGCGGAUUUCUCGAACAAUAAUAGGUUUUUAUUCUGACAGGACGUGAACAUGUUAGCAGUAAGUAAUUCACCCACACAGUUCUGUAAAAAAAACAACAGAAACAUCCCAAAUUGUGUUGAGGAGUGAAGUUGCGGGAUAUGUUUGAGUUGCUUUCAUUGGAGAAGUGCACGUUCCGGAUUCUGGUGAUUCGGUUGGUUUGAAUGAAACGAGGAGCGCUCACGUGGGAAACUCCUGAUAACAAAGAGGGUCACUGGGAUGUAAUCCGUGAUGGAGCUUCAGCAGGUUCUGACUCUCCUCUCAGCUCUGCCGUGAAGAAGAAAUCACCGCACAGUCAGCCCGGAAGCGGCUCGUGUCUGGUACAAACUUAGAAUAAAAGCUGGUCACCGCGUGGGACUGAAGUACAAAAKAGCGACGGCUGGUUCCCCCCUGCAAACCCAUCAUCAUGGUCUCCACCUCACGAGACACCUGGAUGCUCUGGAGACGGACCGUGCUCGCGCUGUGGCUGUGCGCGGUCUGGGCGCGAGGAGCGGAGCAYGAGAGCGGCUUUAACGCCGAGUCAUGGCUGAGGAUAUAUGGUUACUUGCCCCAAGCCAGCCGACAGAUGUCGACCAUGCGAUCAGCUCAGAUCCUGUCCAAUGCCGUCAGUGACAUGCAGCGGUUCUACGGCCUGGAGGUCACUGGUCAGAUGGAUGCUCAGACCAUCAGCGCCAUGAGGAGACCUCGCUGCGGCGUGCCUGACAAGUUUGGAGGACAGAUCAAAACCAACGUGAGGCGGAAGCGCUACGCACUCACUGGACAUAAAUGGAACAAAAGCCAUCUCACUUACAGCAUUCAGAACUACACUCCAAAAAUUGGAGAGUAUAACUCGUAUGAGGCCAUCCGGCGGGCCUUUAAAGUCUGGGAGAGUGUCACCCCGCUGACAUUUGACGAAAUCCCCUACCAGGAAAUCAAAUAUGGACGUCGCAAGGAGCCCGACAUCAUGAUCUUUUUUGCCUCGGGGUUUCAUGGAGACAGCUCCCCUUUUGAYGGGGAGGGGGGCUUCCUAGCUCAUGCCUACUUCCCUGGACCUGGAAUGGGCGGGGACACGCAUUUUGACUCUGAAGAACCGUGGACCAUAGGGAACCACAACGUUCAAGGUAAUGAUCUCUUCUUGGUGGCAGUCCACGAGCUGGGACACGCCCUGGGUUUAGAGCACUCCAGCAACCCCCUGGCCAUCAUGGCCCCCUUCUACCAAUGGAUGGAGACUGACAACUUCCAGCUGCCUGAUGAUGACCGGCUAGGCAUACAACAAAUCUAUGGUCAACAUGACAGUGGCCCUACCCACACACUGCCUACGGUGACCCCCCGCCGCCCCGAACCCAGACCACCUCAAUCACCUCCACGUCAACCUGACCGACCCAGGACCACUGACAGACCAGACCACUAUGGACCCAAUAUCUGUGAAGGCAACUUUGACACCGUUGCUAUGCUGCGAGGAGAGAUGUUUGUUUUCAAGGGUCGUUGGUUCUGGAGGGUGCGCAGGAACAGGGUUCUCGAUAACUACCCCAUGCCCAUCAGYCACUUCUGGAGGGGUCUUCCUGGUGACAUAGAUGCUGCUUAUGAAAGGCACGACGGCAGGUUCGUCUUCUUUAAAGGAAACAGGUUUUGGCUUUUCAGAGAGGCAAACCUUGAACCAGGGUAUCCACUAGAGCUGGUUGACUUCGGUCAAGAUGUUCCAUAUGACCGGAUAGACACGGCUAUCUGGUGGGAACCAACAGGCUUCACUUACCUCUUUCAAGGAGACCAGUACUGGCGCUUCAAUGAGCAGUCUCGUUUGGCUGACAGAGGCUAUCCAAAGUCCAUAAGAGUGUGGGACUCCUCAGUGCCUCAUACUCCCAAGGGUGCCUUCCUCAGCGAUGACGGAGCAUACACCUUCUUCUAUAAGGGUUCAAAGUACUGGAAAUUUGACAACCAUCGUAUGAAAAGUGAACCAGGCUUCCCUAAGUCCAUUCUGAGAGACUUUAUGGGCUGCAGUGUGGACCUGGACCCUGACCGAGACACAGACACCGGGCGCAGAUACCCCGACGUAAACCGUCCACCGUUCAACCCGGACGCAGGACGUGACGGUGAUAAGGGCAAAGAUCGGGACAGAACAGACCGAGAAGACACGGACAGAGACACAGGCAAAGGGUCGGACAAGGACAAGGACAAAGACGAGGACUACCGAGAGGGUCGGGAAGAAGACACCAAUGAGGUGGACGUGGUGCUGAAGGUAGACGACAGUGAGGAACGGACCAUGAACAUUCUGAUAGUGACCAUCCCUCUGGUCCUGGUGCUGUGCAUCCUGGGACUGAUUUACGCCAUCAUUAACACGCUGCAGAGCAAAGGGGCACCUCGGCUGCUCGUGCACUGCAAACGCUCGCUGCAAGAUUGGGUCUGACCCUGGCCACAAGGAGGCACUGAACUUGAACCUGACUUAAGAUACCUUCUCUUCUCCAACCUAAGCCUCCUCCCASUGACCCAUUUGUCUCAAGUCUCUGCGCUCAGUGGCUCCUGCAACUCUUAAAUCCAAACCGUACGGAUAMACAGGCACUCACAAACUAUGAGCAAACAUGAAUAAUGUCUUAUAUUUACACACACUGACAUACACACCGCCUCACCUCCCUCGUUUCCCAUGGUGCUCUACUACACCAAGACUGUAGUCUAUUUAUAAUAGAGUACUUUGCACAUUGUUUUUAGUUUUUAUUUUUUGGUUCAUCCUGUGUGAGAAUUGUUAUUGUUGUUAUUAUUUGUAAAUCAGGAAGGCCGUUCUACUCUCUCUCUCGUUUUUGUACCGCCCCCUGGCUUUUCGAGAUAUCUUGACAUCUGUUUAUAUCAUUUCACUUCCUACAGAGGGAGAAAGUUCUGAGAUUCAUAGACAAAGCUUUUUGCUUGAUGUAAGGCUGAGUAGCAUCUUGCCCUUCCCCCAUUAUCUCUAAUAUCUCUUCCAUCUUUAGUAUCAUAUGUUAAGUACAUGACAGUGAGUUGUACUGUAACUGGACUUGGUCACUACAGAUAUUUUAAUGUAGUUAAAAGUGAAGAUCUCUUAUGAGCUCAUUAUUACUUUGCUUUUGAAUCACUGUGAUCCUCUUUGAGAGCAAAUCUAAUCAGCUUCUYCAUUUAGAGUUUUCUAAYCUUUCAUUGAAACUUCUUUUAUUCUCUUAUUUUGCCAACUCAACAGGACAUGAGAAGAGUAAUACGGCUUCACAGUUUAGUGUUUUAUAGUAGUGCUCUGAUAUUUGAAGUAGAAAUCCUUACCCAUAGCAUUAAUGGUUGGUUAUACCUGUGCAAUUUCUUUUAACAUGUAAAAAUGAAAAAYAAUCCCCAUCAAAGGGAGACAUCUUUGACUGGAAGGAGCCAACAGUGUUCCACGAUUAGCUCUAAAUUUUGCUGGUGCACACCACAAACCUUGUGUUCUUGUAGUUCUGGUACUAUUUAGAUUAGGUGCUAGUUKUGUGAAGCUGAUUGAAGUGUCAGCAAAUACUAUGUGUACAAAUGCAACAUAUMCAGUCAUGGGUUAGAAAAUUAUACUCAGGUUGCAGUUAACUGUAUUAUUUUUAAURUUUGGACAAUGAAAACCUUGUUUUCCUUCAUGAUGUUGUACUUUCUCAGUUGGAUUACUGAUCUUUUUCCCCUUAUAUGGAAAGUAUUUAGAGCUCCCUGUCUUGAAGGAUAAACAGACUCCUACCUUUGCUUUCUCUUACAAGGCUGAGUGUUGCUCCUCUCUUUCAACAAUUAUAUGUUUCUCUUUGUGCUACAUUGAGAGAUGAACAAAUGCAACAGUUGGCUCACGGCGACACAGGGGAGUGAGUGUUAAACUUGAUUAGUGCAGCUAAUGUCCCUCACACRUUCUAACAUAUUGUCAAGUAUUUCAUACAAAAGACAACCUAAGAAUGAAGACUGAUGGCCAGUCUGUUGGAAAUAUAAGGUAUCCAUUAUCACCAGGGUGGGCUUGGUUCUCUCRGGCCCAUGUGAGCAAAGACUAAUCCUCUUCAUUAAAAGCAGCAGAUGUAUACAAAAGUCUUUAACCCCCUGAGACCUUUGACCUAAACAUUUAAUUCCCCGAAUCAAGACUCUCUCUUCUGUUUCAUCUGGCAAGAACAAAGAAAAAGCAGAGGAAGAAUUUUUUUUUCUAAAUUCUCAUUAUUUCAGCCUUGUAGUCAUGCUUUUAAACAUCUACAACUACAGACCAACCAUGGUUAUCAGAUGAGGAUGUAUUUUUAUUCCCACAAAUCAAAUCCACCUUUAAUUUUUAUACAUAAUCCUAUUUAGGUAUGGUAACUUACAAUUAUUUGUAAAAAAUGACUAGUUUGUUUAAUACUUUUGCUUAAAAUUGUGGUAAAGGUGAGCAAAACCAAAGACGAAGUUCUUUAUUGCAUUGAAGUCUAAAAACCAGGUUAGACUGAGUUAGACUGUGAAAUUUAAUUUGAAAGAAGGAARGUCUUAUCUAUCGGAGGGGGCCGGGUUUCUCAGAUAUGGCCGGGCAGGGUGAGGAGGGUAUUUCUGUCCUGUGGCUGAAAAUGGGGGAGGGGGGAAGAGGGAAGGAGGUUGACUCUUCCUGAGCUUGCAAAGUUUGGAUCUCAGGAACAAGGAGGGGUCAGAGGAACAGGAUAGAGGGAGAGAGAAGACCGGCAACGCACCAAAUYCUCCUGAUAGCGCAACAACAACACAGGCCAAGUAGGAACAUGCAGUCCCUUUAUGUUGAAAGCCUUUGCUUGUGGACCUUUAWUGAAAGCUGCUUCUUGCUGUAAAGCCUGAAUAUUACUAGCAUUCACGUUUCUUUUGAAACAUUUCAGAGAAACCACCACUACAGCUCCUCUUAAGUGAAGGCAGGUCAAGGUGGGACACCUAAGCAGAGUUUACAGGGUGCUUGUACUGACAGAAGUCUGGAGAUUGAUUUGAGGCGGGUCGAUUGCAGUUGCUAGGAAGCGGUGUCCUGUGUCCAUCAUUCACCUCAUCAUUGGGACUUUGCAGAUGGGGGUUGGCGGACGCAAGCUAAUCAGCGUUAAAAGCAUUGUCCUCCUCGUCCUGCAUUUCCAUUUGCCCGACCGGCACAUCGGUGAGCGCUCAGACAGCCGAGCGUCUGGACAGGCUCAGAAACUGCAGACUCACUGCAUUAGACACUAAUAGAGUUUAUCAACUUGGCUUCUCUCUCUGACCUCCAAACAACCACAUCAAAGCCGAGCUAUCCAUCUUGAAUAAGCUGAGUGGGCCUGAGGUUGCUGUCCUUGAAAUCACUGCUGUGCAUUUGUGCAGUUUCAGAGGAAUUCCUGAGUUUAGUCUCCACAAAUUGACUCAGGACUUCAGGCGGGAGACAAGUGCUGAGAGAAAUGUGUCAUAGCUGAUUGAUGCGAGCCUUCGUGUGUCGAAGUGUUCAGUUAAUCAGCCCCUCUCUCCGUCAGCGAGCUGUUUUCUGGUUGUAAAUCUCCCAGCCCCUCCGCAUAACUCAGCCCGGUCCUCUAAGCCUCAAAGGGAUCGUAAGAACAACAAUGGUCCGCACUCUUUCCCCUCCCUCUGUUUUCUCUCUCUUCCUGAUGCCUACUCACACAAACACAUUAUUGUCUCCCCCCCAGCCUCACCCCCUCCUCCUUCCCACUAGGAAACUAGUCCAGGCUGAGGUCUAAACCUGUUUGUAGAUUCACACUCCCAGUUCAACCAUGGAUGGAUUGGCUUAAAAAAAAUAAAAACAACAAACCUGUCAGGUUUGUUACAAUCGUUUUAGAUUUAGAAUCAGAUUGAGAYGCUUCAAAUAAAUAAAUUCAUUUUGAAGCAUCAAACCCUGACGUAAGUGUAGGGAAGUUUAGGGCAUGCUGAGCUCAUUUGUCUCAGGAUGUGUUACUGUAAACACUACGGUUCUGACUGCUCAGCACAGGCUUCUUUUCUUUUUCCUUUUGUCCAGUUUUUUUUUUUUUCUUUUUAAUGAACAUCUCUGUUUAACCCCAUUCAAUCAGAAGUCAGGUAUUCUAGUUAGCUAUUAAUGAGUGUAUGUUUUUCAUUCUUCAACUAUCUCAACACUGUGUGAAAAACCGCAAGCUUCCAGUAGUCGCUGCUUCAGAGCUGUGUGGAAACUAAAUGAUAACAGAACAGACUUCAAAGGAUUUUUAGAAAUCACUCAAUAACUGUGUUCUGUUUCAGGUUUUCUUUUUCAGUAAACCUCAACAGCUUACAAYGACUCAAACCUAAAUGACAGCAGGUUGUCAAGAUGCUUCUUCUUUUACUUUUUUCCUCCCAGAAUGCAUCUCAGCCAGCUCACUGAGUUCAUCCUCUCAAUGAAAACCACUCGUUUUAAAUCACCACUCGACUAACUCGAACCACUCACUGUGGAAAUGGAACAGAAAAGAAGGCUGACAAAUGACUUUCAGCAUCUGUGAGAGUGCAGCGGAUCUGCGCUCCGCGUGCUUCACUCAGACAUUGGAACUGUUGAGCAGCCUCCUUCAGAAAACUGCCUCCAUCUUCUUGUUGCAGCUACAGCAGAGAGGAGAGUUGAACCAUCAGGUGUAGAACCUGGCAUCUCAUGUUAGGUCUUUUAAAUUUUGUGAUUUUUUUUUUUUCUCGUUGUCAUCUCUGCCUGGGAUGAGAGGGUGGCUGUAAUGUAACAGCUUUUCACAAUGAAGAGGUUAUUGUUUUAUCUUUUAGAAGACUUUUGGUCUGAUGUUGGUUUACUUUUCCUCCUAUUUUUUUUUAACUGAUAAUUUGAUGUUAAUAACAUUCCAGUUAGAUGUUUGGAGGUGUUAUUAGUGUUUUUCUUUUUUUUUUUCUUUUAGAAAUUGUUAAAAUUUUAUACAUUUGUUUUGUGUGUUCACCUCUAGUUGAGUGUGUUAACAAGCCAUGCUGGACAUGUACACAUUAAAAAUUGCUGUGAAAAAAAAAGUUCAA